UGUCAAAAAUAUUUGGAAGCACAGAAGACUCUAAGACAAAAAUCUGAGGAUACUCACAAACUGUUGGAAACAAAUUUGGAAUCACUCAGAAAUGAGUCUACUUAUAAGGAUGCGACGAUUAACGAAUUGAAAAAAGUGUUGGCUGAGUGUGAGUUGAGAAAUAACGAACAGAAUCAGACCAAUAAAGAUGAAGUUGCAUUGAAGAAUUCCACUUCAAAGAAUGAAGAAAUAUCUGAAUCAACUACUAUCUCUAAAAGUCUUCCAAGCUCUUGUGUAAACAUGACGGCUGGUAUUCAAGAGAUACAAAUUGGAAAUGCAAAACCUUUCAAGGCGAUGUGCGAUGGAGAUGGUUGGAUGAUUAUUCAGCGACGAAUUAAUGGAACUGAAGACUUUAAUAGGACCUGGCAGGAAUACGAGGAUGGAUUUGGAGACUUAAAUAAGGAGUUUUGGUUUGGAUUGGAGAAAAUACAUCUCGCUACGAGUUUUACACGUCAGAGGUUAAACAUGAGUAUAAGAUCUGGAUGGGGAGCGGAUCCAUUUGUCAUUCACUUUGAUGACUUUAGAAUUGGAAAUUCGGAAUCCUUUUAUAAAUUGGAAUCAAUCGGAAAUUACACGGAAGAUUGGCACACGAGAUCUGAAAAUUUGCUCAAAAAUAAUGUUAACAAUGCAUUUUCAACAUACGAUGCAAAUCAUAAUGGAAAUCCUGAACUAAAUUGCGGCAGUUAUGGCGCGGGUGGUUUUUGGUUUAGUUUCGACUGCUUGGAUUAUAACAUGAAUGAACCAACCGAUGGUUAUUGGACCACAGUUCUGAGGAUACGCCCAUACACUGAUUGAUGUUUCCAUUUUUCGAUGUAUCAUCAAUCUUAAUAUUACUUUUUAGUUGAAUUUCAUUUUCGAUUGCCAACAUAUUUACCUUUUGUA